AUCUGUACGAAAAGUCAGGUCUUACCGCUAGAGGCGACCGCUGAGAUUUACUACCCGGACUCAAACGCACGGCGACGGUGCCUCUGGGUUGGUUUUCUCCACAACAAGACCAGAUACCGAGUCAGGUCUGGCGUCUCCCUUCACCGGUGACUGAACACGGACUUGUGAAGAGGAUAAACUUCUUGUCGUCAUGGCAGCCAAAACCAAAUGGGGGGCGGUUAAGGACUCUGUGACCGGAAGCCCCACCCACAGCCCGGACGCCACGCUGGAGGCGAAUCUGGAGAACGCCGACCCCGAACUGUGCAUCCGACUGCUGCAGGUUCCCACGGUGGUGAACUACUCUGGCUUGCGGCGGCGGUUGGAGGCCAGCGAUCAGUCCUGGAUGGUGCAGUUCCUGGAGCUGCGAGGUCUGGACCUGCUGAUGGAGGCGUUGGAGCGUCUGUCCGGUCGCGGCUGCGCUCGCAUCGCAAACGCUCUGCUGCAGAUGACCUGCGUCGCCUGCAUCCGAGCCGUCAUGAACUCGUCUGCAGGACUGCACUUCAUCCUGGACAACGAGGGCUACGUCAGGACCCUGACCCAGGCGCUGGACACGUCCAACGUCAUGGUGAAGAUGCAGGUGUUCGAGCUGUUGGCGGCUCUGGCUCUGUUUGAGUCUCGGGGACACCACCUGGCUCUGGAUGCCUUCGACAACUACAAGAGUCUGAAGAAGCAGCAGUAUCGCUUCAGUGUGAUCAUGAACGAGCUUCAUGGCACCGAUAACGUCACGUACAUGGUGACGCUGAUGAGCGUUGUCAACGUACUCGUGUUGGGACAAGAGGACCUGAGGAAGAGGGACCGACUGCGACAGGAGUUCAUCGGACUGCAGCUGCUGGACCUGCUGCCCAGACUGAGGGAGACGGAGGACGAGGACCUGAAUAUCCAGUGUGAUGCGUUUGAGGAUUCUCUGACGUUGGACAAGGAGGAAAUGGAGAAGCUGUACGGAGGGAUUGACAUGAGCAGCCAUCAGCAGCUCUUCACCUCCCUCUUCACCAAGGUGUCCAGCAGUCCAUCCUCUGUCCAGCUGCUGUCCAUCCUUCAGGCCUUGUUAUUCGUGGAUCCGGACAGAGCUGCGGUCUGGUUGGCUCUGGAACGGCUGGUCGAUCGAGCCGCUCUGCUGGCCCAGGACCCUGAUUUGGAUUCUGUCGACUGUCUCCUGGAGAGGCUCCUCCCACAAAAGUCUCUCUUAGCCAAUCACAGGAUCCGAACCAUCGACAGGGCUGUACAGACUCGACUACCAGACGGUCCCGUUGGCCAAUCAGAGACGCUUAUGAAAGAUGCCUUGACAACGUCAGCUUCUCAAGUUCCUCCCCCACCACCUCCUCCUCCCUUACCUGAUAUGGGGCCUCCUCCCCCUCCCCCCUUACCAGGUUUGGGAGCUCCACCCCCUCCCCCCCCUCCCCCUCCCUUACCUGGUAUGCCAGCACCACCCCCUCCCCCUCCCCUACCUGGUAUGCCAAGCCCUCCCCCUCCCCCUCCCUUACCUGGUAUGGGAGCUCCGCCCCCUCCCCCUCCCUUACCUGGUAUGGGAGCUCCGCCCCCUCCCCCUCCCUUACCUGGUAUGGGAGCCCCCCCUCCUCCUCCUCCGGGUGACAUCAUUGUGGCCCAGGCAUUUCAGGGCCUGGGCAGGUCAUAUUACAGUCCCAGCCCCCUAACAAAACCCGCCCCCUGCCCCACCCUCCGUAUGAAGAAACUGAACUGGCAGAAACUCCCCUCCAGAGUGGUGACAGCUCAUCAGUCCUUGUGGACAUCGACAUCUUCAGAUUCGGUUGAACCGGAUUACUGCAGCAUCGAACAGCUCUUCAGUCUUCCUCCAACUGAAACCAAAACCAGAACCAAAGCCAAGGCCGAGCCCAAAGAGAUUUCCUUCAUUGAUGCCAAGAAAAGCCUCAACGUCAACAUCUUCCUCAAGCAGUUCAAAUGUUCCCAUGAGGACUUUGUGUCUCUGAUCCAGAGAGGAGACAGGUCCAAGUUUGAUGUUGAGGUCCUGAAACAGUUGAUCAAACUGCUGCCAGAGAAACACGAGAUAGAGAAUCUGAAGUCUCACCAGGCAGACAGGGACAAGUUGGCAUCAGUGGACCAGUUUUACCUGCAGCUGCUGGACGUCCCCAGUUAUUCUCUGAGGAUAGAGUGUAUGUUGCUGUGUGAGGAGAGCACCUGUGUGUUGGAGACUCUGAAGCCCAAAACUGAACUGCUGGACCGAGCCUGCCAGAGUGUGAGGGAGAGCACUCGGCUGCCCAGCUUCUGUAAACUCAUCCUGAGUGUUGGAAACUUUCUCAACUAUGGGACUCACACGGGGAAUGCUGAGGGUUUUAAGAUCAGCACUCUACUCAAACUGACAGAAACUAAAGCCAACAAGUCCAGAAUCACCCUUCUGCACCACAUCCUGCAGGAGGUGGAGGAGAACCACCCCGACCUGCUGAACCUGCCGGAUGAUUUGGAGAUCUGUGAAAAGGCUGCUGGGUUUAAUGUGGAGUCGAUUCAGUCUGAAGCAAACACUCUGAUCAAGCAGCUUAGAAACGCGAAGACCAAACUUUCUUCUUCGUCUGAGGACCUGAAAGAGCAGUACCUCUCCACCAUACAGGAGAGCCUGCAGGCUUGUGAGCAGCUACAGGAGCUGUUGUCCUCGGUGGAGGACAGGAGGACAGAUCUGUCCAUCUACCUGUGUGAAGACAUUAGCAGCUUCUCCCUCGACAAACUCUUCAACACCAUCAAGACCUUCAGAGGACUGUUCCUCCGAGCCAUCAAGGAGAACGAGAGUCGCAGGGAGCAGGAGAAGAGGAGGAAGCGGCAGGAGGAGGAGAGGAAAAACAAAGGAGACACCAGCAACAAGAUCAUCAGGAAGGACGUGUCCAACCAGGACAGUGGCUGCAUCAUCGACAACCUGCUGGCUGAGAUCAGGAAGGGCUACAACCUGAAGAGGACCAGACCCCGAGCUGAGAGGGGCAGCGGAGUCCACGGUCAACCCGAGGUCAUACAGAAGUCAAUGGCUGAUCCUCGUGUUUCCAGCCAACCAGAGAGGCCUGCAGACCCUACAGAGACAGACCAGGUUCCCACAGAUCCACCAGCUGAAGCGAAAACAGAACCAGGGUCACCUGAGAUCCAAAACCUCCCUGAACCCUCUACCUCUACUGCUGCUGCUGACACUCAGGGGGGCCAGAGCCAGACCAGAGUCCAGGACUCUGAGGUGGACUCUGGUCCUGACCCAGAGACCAGAGUCAGAGAACAAGCGGGAAGGGAGGAGGUCCAGCUCGGACCAGAGGACCCAGCAACAGACGAAGAUGUAAACGUAGGAAAUGUGAACGAGCGGUCUGAGGAGAUCACACCGUUAGAGGCCAGAACGACCGAACACAACGAUGAUCCGGAUUCUGGGCCAAGCAAACCAGCAAAGUCCAGGACCAGUUCAGCAGGCGCAGACGUUCACAUUGGAUCCAAACUCUUUAAAACUGAGAGAGAAUGCGUUUUACACUGAGAUGGACUCGUCUCCACGGUGACAGGACUGAAGCAUGAAAAAUAAAAAGUGAUCAAACAAAAACAUGAACCGAUCAGAGAGAAAGAGAACAAACUGAAUGUUUUUAGAAAUCCGUUUUUUUCUUCUUUGUUUAAAGUUAAAGUCACUUUGACAGUUGAUUGGUUGUAAAUGACAGCGGUUUACCUGAGCGGACAGGUGAGGGGGUUCACUUACUGAUUAAAAAAAAAGUCAGAGUUUCAGUUUUUGUUUGAGAGAUAAAUCACUCCAACCAAAGAACAUUAUUAUUAUAAUAUUAUCAAAUAUUAUCAUCUGUAUCCUGCGCAUUUUCAUUCAGUUCUCAGCUUAUUCCAUUCAUCCUUCACACACUUUACCCGUAAACCUGCUGGUUUUCAUCCAGACUGAUCCGCAUCCUGGACCCACAGUUGUCGAUUUAUUUCAGGUUUUAGUUGUUAACCAAAGUUGCGUUUUUAUCUUUGCCUGGAGAACACAGGUAAAGACUCUGAUGAUACUCCAGAUCAUCAUCAUCAUCAUCAUCAUCAUCAUCAUCAUCAUCAUCAUCAUCAUCAAAGAUUAAUCAAUUGUCAGAAAAUCCAUCAGUUAUUUUGAAAAUGAAAUAAUUGUUGGUCAUUUUUCAAAAUAAAAAUAUUAAACCUUCCCCUUCCCAGAUUUUAAAA